CGUGGACCAGUGGACAUCAAACGACUCUCACCAGACGACUUGCAUUUUAAUCCUGUAGACGUUGAAGUUCCUCCCGUACCUACUCUGGCCCAUGGACUCGACAGGGUCCUAUUUAACCCGGGAGUCUACCACCUCCAAGAUCCACGAUCUCGCGUCUACAACUUCGACCCAUACCUUGAAAAGAUUAUGCCAGCCGCAGAAUUUGACUUUGAUUCUUUGGAAAAGUAUAUGACGUCCUCUAAAGACCAAGGACUCAUCAAUAUGGCGAAAAGUCUAGGUGCCAAAUUCACGGGCUCGACUUCUAGCAUGUCUGGGAUCCUGACCCACUUCCACUAUCUGCUUUCGCAAUGGCGCACACUGAACCUCAACAUGCUCUCAAAGGAAUUCCCUGACAUUACAAACAAGUUCAGCAAAAUCCAACGCGCUCCUAGUGCAAUAUUCUUACGUUGGAGAGAUGGCACGUAUGCCAUUGAUGCCGACAAGGAGUUCGAUACUCCGAAUAUAAUGAGCUGGCUAGGCCAGUCCAUGGAAAAACUCUUGACCAAUUCGCCCGACAUGUUUGAGCGCUACAGGAGGAGCAAUCCAGAGGACACGCCUACUGACGAAGACGGCAAAUGCUUCCAUUACACGCAACAGGGCAAUGUCCUUAUGCGAUCGCAACUUGAUGCCAAGGAUCCGCGAUUGCCUGGUACUGGUAUCUUCGACCUGAAGACUAGGGCGGUUGUCUCCGUGCGCAUGGAAGCCAGUGAGUUCGAGCAGCGCUCAGGCUACCAGAUUCGCAAUCUUCGCGGAGAGUGGGAGUCUUUCGAGCGCGAGUACUUCGACAUGGUCAGGGCGACCAUGUUGAAGUAUUCCUUGCAGGUUCGCAUGGGUAGAAUGGACGGUAUCUUCAUUGCUUUCCACAAUGUGGAGCGUAUUUUUGGAUUUCAAUACGUUAGCAAGGCGGAAAUGGACCUUGCUCUUCAUGGCCAGGAGGAUCCAUGUCUCGGAGACCAGGAGUUCAAGCUUAGUGUCGAGCUCUUGAGUGAGGUUCUUGACAAGGCAGCGAAAAAGUUCCCCGAGCAGUCUAUUCGCUUGCACUUUGAGACACGCGAUGUCGAGGUUCCAUUCAUGUACGUUUUCGCCGAACCUGUGUCGGAAGAGCAGGUUGAGGCCAUCCAGACCAAAAAUUCGGAGCUUAUGAAGGAGUUUGAACGGUCCGUUGUAGGGUUAGUGGGAGAGGAAGAAGAAAUGCAAAAGGAAUGGGGUGAGAUCAAUACCCGCAUCGAGGCAGAGCUCGAGCAAGAUCAGGAAGGUAAAGCCGAUGCCGAGGAGGAAGGAACCCCUGCUGCACAAGAAGUGGAAGAUGUCGAGGCUGAAGAAGAUUCCAUCACAGACGGCGUGGCGGAAGCGGAAAUAGAGUCAGCCAAUUUGUUGACCGACGCCAAGUCCAUCGUUGGGUCUCUCGAGUCGUCGCUGCCAGAGCCUGCCGAAGACAAUGUUCUCGGCCUCACUCUCACCGUUCGCAACAAGCUGAAUGGCAAAUAUAUCAGUCGUCCGACGAACUUGACCCUCGCUGAGGACUGGACCAUCGAGUAUAGUCUCGGCGAGAUCCCCAUUGCACACGGACGCGCAGGUCGACUGCUGGAGCAACUCAAAGGCCGUCGCCAGAAAGCGUUGGUUCGGGAGGCAGUCGAGGAGAACGCGAACGAUUAUUACAGCAAGAUCCUGCAAGAGUACAGCAGCAAGGGCCGGGCGUGGCGCGAAGAGAUGGAUGCUGACGAUGCUGAGAAGGAGAGGCUGGUGUAUACACCGCUUGGU